GAAUGGUACGACAUGUAAAAUAAAUUAGUUGCAGCAGAGAAGUAAUUUAUUUCGCGUGAAAUCAGCUCGCUUUUAUAGCAAUCUUAUACCGGCAAACAAUCGGUCUUUUCUUCUCGAAUGCUGCAUGCUCGCAUUUAUAAAGCAUCGGGUGAUACAAAAAUCGAGGAAUAACUUGGCGAUAGACUGCAGACGUCUCGUAAUCGCGAAAUUCGUGAUCACCUUGGUAAUUGGCGAAGGCGAAAAAAUGGUGAGAAAUAAUGGCAAAACCGAUACACCGUGCAUCCAGGUCAGUGCAGCCAACGCGCUUUUAAAACCUGGAUAAAUGACACACACGACGAAUAGUACGCAAGUAAAUACGGUUACUGAAUAUUCUUACGCCGGCGCAGGUUUUCGCCGAGAAGGUCUACUAUUUUAAGCGCGUCAGUCACGAGGAUUGAAUCCCCGAGGAACCACGCUUCGCUUCCUCGGCACUCGACGAGCGGUCUAACUUCUAUCUUAACUAUUCCGAUACAGCCGCCCUCCGAGAAGUCGGUUACAAGUCGUGGAACACGACGGAUUGUCAGAUUCGCAAUGUCGUUUGGCUGGUGUUGAGCAUCGUCAGUGGUGAAAAAAUAACGAGUCUGAAGCUAUCGUCGAGUUGUGCAAAAUGGCGGAUGCUUGUCGCGAUCGAUAUAGCGUCGGGUCUUUUGCGUAGACGAAAAGGCCGGCAAAUAAAACGUCUCGCCGGAAAUCAGCUGAAUAUUUCCUCGUGCAAUCGAGCAGCAUAGGGGAAAUAAAGACCGAGCUGCCGAUAUUACAAGGAAUCAUUCCGAAGGAUUAAAUAAUCCCGGAGAACGGAUGGACUGGAUUUUGCUCGUAUCGUAGUCGCGAAUCAUCGAACGAGGUAGAGAGGCAACAGUAAUUCCCCUCUUCUUGACAACCGAACUUCACACUUAGCAGAUGGCACGAAAAAUUGGCUGCAUAGGAAAAUGUACAAUCGGCUUGUCACUCGAAGACCUCAGUCGGAUCACGCAAAACAUUGAACAAACAUUGAGCGAUCCGACCGGGAGAUAUAUACUGAGGAAGUACCUGAUCCAGGGUGGACGACGCGAUGAUCUAGCCUGUCUCGAUUAUUACGAGACGUGUAGCAGGAUCGUCUCCAAGGAGGAAUCCUCGGUAUCUCCGACGAACAGCCCGAGCGAAGAAUUUACCGAGAAAUAUGUCUCGGCGAUAUACGAAGCUGCGGAACUUGACGGGAUACCGGAAAUCACUUUAGCGUUGCUGGAGCGUUUUUCUGAGGCUCAGAACGGCGGACAGCGGGACGUUAUGCUGGAAGUCCUCAAGGAUGCGAUGACUUGCGCGUCUGAUCAUCUCCGGAAAUCGCAUACCGCGUUUUCGCGAUACGCACAACAGCCUUGUCCGAGAACCAAAUGACAUCCGGAGACUGAAUUGCGGGCGAAAUAUUAAUCAUCGGCCGUGCUGAGAGGAUUCGGAUCGCAGGUUUUACUGUUUCGAAACAGGGGUUCGUCUCGUCGUGAAUAUAAGUGAUGAGUGAUAAGUCCUCGCAGAUGUUCAACCAGACACAAAAUGAUACUCGCGCUAUUGUCGGUGCCAUCCGAUCAAUUAUCGAAGGAAGUGACUUUUUAGCGAACUGCACAAUUGUUUGAAUGUAUAAUGCGUUACGAAUACACGUUCAGGAAACCCGUCUAUUCUUUACGUUUGUAAAAUACUAAACUGCCGAUAAACAUAUUUUCUACAUUCGUUGUUUAUAAUCCUGGUGCAUUUAAUUUCACAAUCUAUAAAUCUACGAUUCUCAAUGAACUGUGAGUAUCUCUGGCUACUCGUACCUUUGGCGGAAAGGAUAUGCGAGCCAUAAAAAUGGCACAAGGUAAAGACGAGCCACGGAAAUUUGUUUAUCACAUUUCAAUAGCACUAUAAAACUGGUCCGAAUUUAUUUCGUUGAACAAACGACCGGAACCUAGGUAACCAAAGUCGUGAAUUCUGUGAGAAAAAUACUCCAAAGUAUUAACAUUGUAAGGUAA